AGUAACGCUGAGGUCUUUGGGCUGUGCACCUUGUAAGCAAAGUCCGUGUUCUGUUGCAGCAACGCAGCUUCUGAAGCUGGCACACAAGUACAGGCCUGAAACUAAGCAAGAGAAGAAGCAAAGGCUGCUGGCUCGUGCAGAGCAGAAAGCUGCAGGAAAGGGAGAUGCUCCAACAAAGAGGCCACCAGUCCUCCGAGCAGGUGUUAACACUGUUACCACUCUGGUAGAGAACAAGAAAGCUCAACUUGUUGUAAUUGCCCACGAUGUAGACCCCAUUGAGCUGGUGGUUUUCUUGCCGGCGCUGUGCCGCAAGAUGGGAGUGCCGUACUGCAUCAUCAAGGGCAAAGCCAGGCUGGGGCGCCUGGUCCACCGCAAAACCUGCACCUGCGUUGCCUUCACCCAGGUCAACCCGGAGGAUAAGGGUGCCCUUGCAAAGCUGGUGGAGGCUGUCAAGACCAACUACAAUGACAGAUACGAUGAGAUCCGUCGUCACUGGGGUGGUAACGUCUUGGGUCCAAAAUCAGUGGCUCGCAUUGCCAAGCUUGAGAAGGCAAAGGCUAAAGAACUGGCAACUAAGCUGGGUUAAAGAUGUACUCAACUGCUGCCAUGUUUCUGUACAUAAAAUAAACCCCAAAUUAAGUUU